CUUGAUAUCAUCUCUUAAAUGAAACUCUUAUGAGUUAUUCAUGUUAUCAUCAUUAUAUUUUAUACCAAAUGUACCUUUGCUUGUAUCAAGCAUUAAAGUGAAGAAACAAUGACCGGCUAAUCAUUUCUUCCAUGAUUUGUACAUAAGCAGCAAACUGGGAAUGAUGGGAAAUGUAGUGAGGAACUACCUCGGUGGUACAAAAUGAGCCUUUUGACACCCCCCCGCCUCAGGAAUGAUCUUUAUUCCUCUCGGCUAUUUCUUCCGUUCCUUGGGCAUGCUUGAUUUCUUCAUCUUCAUCCGCAUGUGGACUGAGCUGGAUGCAGCGCUUGCGUCAUGCUUUUAAGCAGAUGGAGAGGAGGGGGAGGGGACAUCACAGAGGGGCGGAAAAAAAGGGAAGGCGGGGGCCUGAAUCAGCGUCAACAUCAGAACCACACGAAGCGUCAUCACCAGACACCAGUGUUGAUCUGCAGGAAUCCUCACACAAUACGGACUAUGGAAACCAAGCAGCUCUGGUAGGGAAGCCUAAAAGGUUCCGUUCGUCCACGGGUGGCGUUGGACACGCUCACAGACAUGACCUGAGACCGUUUGGCAUUUUGCAUCAAUAUGGGCAACCAGGAAGCUAAGCAAAGGAGAGCUCCGGCGGCGUCUGGUAAUGGAAGCUACCCUUCGUUGGAAGACGGACCGGGUGAUGGAGGAGGGGACGUGACAAAGCGGAGUGGAAAGAAACACCACAACAAAAAUGGAGGUAAAGUCACAGAUGCGGGAGGGAGAAUGCAAGGUUCAGGACCUGGCAAAAAGAAAAACAAACACGAGUCCAAGUCGUCGGUUUUCUCCAUCCGGAAAAGAAAGACUCAUCUGAAAGGGAAGGGGGGCUCAAGCGAGGACGUGCUUACAUCUCGAUGUGACGACCCGACCAGCAACAAAACACCUGAUCUGUCAGCAGACGAGGUGGGACAGUCAGACGUUGAUGCCGGAGAGCAGAAACCUCGCCAGGCAUCGGUUGCAGCCUCUCCGACACGGAAUGGAGAGCAGAAGGCGGCGAGUUCGAGUUCUGACACCGACAUUUACAGCUUCCACUCAGCAGCAGAACAGGAGGAUUUGCUAGCAGACAUUCAGCUGGCGAUCAGGCUCCAACACCAUCAUGGAGUUCUGGACUUAGUCGCUGAGGCAAACAUGCAACGUGAAAGCCAUUUGAGUAGCGCAGGAGAAGCGGAUAGGAAGUCCGUUCAGGGACAACCAACCCCCGCUGAACCACUGGAAUUAGAGCUGGGAUCCGAUGCGCUGUUUUUGUUAGAGGACGGAAGUGAGCAAGCCGCGGGAUUACACAUUUCUUCUCCGCUCACAGACGUACCCAAAAGAAAGGAACACGGGGAUAUGGAGGAACAUCAAGAGAUGAAUGGGCAUGGAAAGGAGAAAAAGUCUUCUGUCAGUGGAACGACAAAAGAGCAGCACGCCUGUCUGCAGCAGUCCCCUCCCACAGCCAUCACCAUAGCGACACUUAACCCAGUUACCAUAGCGACUAGCGCUAACGGCUUCCCCGGUCCCACGCUGGACAGCACGAGUCAAAGCACAGCAUGGCAGCAGGAGCAGGGAGGUGAUGAGAACGAGGAGCAUUGGGGGCCUCCUCCUCUUCAUCAUCUUGCAGACAACCACAAUGCAAGCGGCCCUGGCAUGGAGACCAUGAUAUCAGGGACACCAAGUGGAGAAGGUGAGAAUGACAGUGGCAUGGUUGCAAGUACCGAGUCCUUGAGCCACCACGCUCCCACCCCCAACAAACACAGCAGGAGGAGCAGUGUUUCCUUUACACCGUCCCAAGGGAGCCCCGUUUUGGCCAAACACACUCUCAGGUCCAACCACUCCUCUCCCAACCCUGUGGUGAAACCUUACCCCCCCAUUUUUCCCUCCUACAUUAAAACCACCACCAGACAGCUCAGCUCCCCAGGACACUCACCAGCUCUGUCCCCCUCCCUCAGCCCCAUGUCUCCACGACGAGCCCAUCACCACUUCCAAAGGGUGAUGGGGGGGAGCCACCAGGUGCCCAGGCAGCGUUCCCAAAGCAUUACCAGGCGUCUGAGUCGCUCGGCUGACUGGACAGAAGAGCUUGAGAGGAGAAUGAUGUGCAAGGAUGAAAAUGGUGGACGCUCUGUGGAUUUAGAAGAACUCAGCUACACAGGUGGAGGAAGUCAGCCCCUCUGUGCUACAAGGAGAUCUUCCUGCGGACAGGUUUCUCCUUGCACUUUUCAGGAUGUCUUCACAGGUAGAACCCUCCUGGAGAAACUAUUCCUUCAACACCAGCAGGAGGAGCCAGAGGAAGCCGAGCGGUUCUGCUCCAGAAUCUUGGCCAUGGGUCUUCUCCUGCCUUUUACCGAUUGCUUCAGACAGCAGCUGGGGGGCAGCACUGCGCACAUCACCUGUACAGCACCGGCCAAGUUUGAUCAUGACCAGCUGUAUAAAUGGGCGGCUGUUAACCAGCCACCCAUUUCUCUUGACCAUCUUGAGGGGAAGCUACCAGGUAACUUCAAAGACCCAUGCUCGCCAGCCAGGCCGAGUGGAGAGCAGACAGGAAUCCGAUCCGCCAAUCCAGAAUAUCACACAGGACACCCGGGUUUGAGGCACCAACAAAACGAGAGCCAGCAUUCCCAGGAUGAGGUUUUCCUAAAAACAGUAAAACUGAAGGAAAAACAUGUCAGUGUCAUCCAACAACUGGAGAAAACCAUUGAAGACCUCAGGACCAAGAUUGCCGAGCUGGAGCGGCAGCCUCCUCUGCUGGACACAGAUGGAAAACCUGCUAGUGAAGACAAGGAAUGUGGAGGAGAGGGUGGUCUCCUUAGGGAUGUGUGUGACGCUCACCUUCAGACCGAAUCAGCUCAGGUUCCGGGCUGGCUUGAGGCCAAAUCAGUGCAAACGUCACCGAUGGGCGAAAGCUUUAAGUUCAAAGUGCCUUCCAUUGAACCGGGUGGAGGAAGUGGACUACAGGUUCCAUUCAGACAAUGUUCAUGUCAGCAACAACCCGAAUGUCCACCAAGUGGGACACCGCCCCUUUUGGCAGGGCAAACAGUACCCAUCCCAGCCCCGCCCCCUCCUCCUCCUCCUCCUCUUCCUCCUGGUGCUGUUGCUCCACCCCCACCUCCUCCUCUUUUCCCUGGUGGUCAUGUACCACCCCCACCACCUCCUCUUCCUGGUGGUGUUGCUCCACCUCCACCCCCUCCUCCUCCUCCUCCUGGAGGGAUCGGUGCACCUCCACCUCCACCCCCUCCUCUUCCUGGUGAUGUUGCUCCACCCCCGCCUCCACCUCCUCCCCUCCCCGGAGGGAUCGGUGCACCUCCGCCUCCACCGCCACCCCCUGGUUGUGGGCCUCCUCCACCCCCUCCUCCUCCAGGAGCAAUCUGUGUUCCUCCACCUCUUCCAGGAGUCUGGGGUUCCUUGCCUCCUCCUCUGCCGUUGGAGCUGUAUACUCUGGGCCUGACUCAAGAGAAACCCCCCAAGAAAGCAGUGGUGGAGCCUCCCAGACCGAUGAAGCCACUGUACUGGACCAGAAUACAGCUCCACACUAAAAAGGAAAUAUCCAGCGCGUCUGUGUGGGAGACCAUAGAAGAACCCGAUGUGGACUUUGAGGAGUUUGUGGAGUUGUUUUCCAAAACGGCCGUCAAGGAGAAGAAGCAGCCACUAUCCGACACAAUCACCAAGUCCAAGGCCAAACAGGUUGUGAAGCUCCUCAACAACAAACGAUCUCAGGCUGUAGGAAUCCUGAUGUCCUCGCUACAUCUCGAUAUGAAAGAUAUCCAACACGCCAUCUUGAAUUUGGACAACACAAUAGUUGACCUGGAGACCCUCCAGGCACUCUAUGAAAAUAGGGCCCUGCCAGAGGAGCUGGACAAGAUUGAGAAGCACAUGAAAUCCACAAAAGACAAAGAGAAUGCUAAACCUCUGGACAAACCUGAACAGUUUCUUUACCAGCUCUCCUUGAUCGCCAACUUUUCCGGCCGAGUCUUUUGUAUCCUCUUCCAGUCGAGCUUUUGUGAGUGCAUGUCAUCCAUCAUGAAGAAAUUGGAUACACUGCUGAGAGUAUGUCAGGUGUUGCAGGACAAUGACAAGGUGAAACAGAUCCUAGGUCUGGUCCUGGCUUUUGGAAAUUUCAUGAAUGGAGGGAAUCGCACAAGAGGCCAAGCUGAUGGUUUCAGCCUUGACAUUCUACCCAAACUCAAAGAUGUCAAAAGCAGCGACAGCAUGAAAAGCCUUCUGUCUUACAUAGUUACGUACUACCUGAGGAACUUUGACGAGGAUGCUGGAAAAGAGACCUGUGUUUAUCCUCUCCCUGAGCCUCAUGAUUUGUUCCAGACUUCACAAAUGAAGUUUGAGGACUUUCAGAAAGACUUGACUCGACUGAGAAAAGACCUGAGAGCAUGUACCUCAGAGGUGGAACGGGUGUGCAAAGCUUCGUCUGAAGAUAACCUACAGCCUUUCAAGGUGAAGAUGGAGGAUUUUCUUUCACAAGCUAAACAUGAGCUGGAAACAUUGGAAAGCCAUCUGAGCAGCACACAUAAACUGUUCCUGGAGCUCACCGUGUUCUAUUCAGUCAAGGCAAAGAGCGGAGAGAAGGAAGUUUCGCCAAACACUCUUUUCUCUAUCUGGUAUGAGUUUUCUUCUGACUUCAAGGACCAGUGGAAGAAGGAGAACAAAGCUAUACUUAAGGAGAGGUUGAAAGUAGCGGAGGAGUGUUUCCGCCAAGCCAAAGAGAAGGCUUCCUACAGCGUCAAACCCAAACACGCCACUGGAAUUAAAGCGAAGCUUGGCAUGAAGAUAUGACCUUGGAAGAGCGUUGUGGUUCCUGGUCUGUUCCAGAGAUGGUUCAGUGAUGAACCUGAUAGGACAAAGACUGCUCCAUCCACUCAUGUGUUCCUCUCUGCUGGCUCAUGAUCUUCAUGGGAUCAUGAAGAUCCGAUAUGGUUAGCUUGUGUGUUAAAUUAUACUUGUCAAAAAGCAUCACUAAACCAUGCAAAUACACGACGAAGAGCACUUGUUGGAGGAACCAUUCAAACGUGAAUAAGUUCUCAUGGAGGACUUCUGAGGGAGAACUCUCAAAACGGUACAAAUCAAGUUCUGCUUGAAUAUUUGGAAGAAAUGUGAAAUACUAAAAUGUAUUAAAGAUGACAUCGGGCCUCAUUCACCAAGAGAAAAUUGUGUGCUUGAUUGGAAUGAUGCACAUUCCAAGGAUCGUGUGGCCUUUCUCCAGAAACGUUCCAUAAGGUUGGUUGAUUGGCAGAGCUCCUGAGGGGGCGGGACUCAAAGCCACGGAUUGGCAAGACGACACCGUUGUAGACCAGGAGGUUGGUGCCGUUUCCAUCGUGGUCUCCAGAGAUGCUAGCUAACCUUGGGCCAGUUAGCAAGGUUACUCAGGAUGGAGUAGCGGAGGUCCAUCAGCCAAAAUCCCAAUCCAAAGUGUGGGAUUCAUUUGGUAGCGAUCACGUUCCAGAAUCACACAGACCCACAGAACUACAUUAUGUAGAAAAUUCAUGAGCCGUACAUUUUUGUCGCAGUGAAUCCGCCAUCUUGUGUAGCACAACCUUGUUCCUUUUUGCGACUUUCAAUGUUUUUCACUGAUGGUUUCUGAAAUUCUGGACACAGUAAGGCAUUAAAAAUGCUGUAAACUACCUAAAUAACUACCUAAAUACGCCGAGACACUGCUGCCAUGCUGCCAAGUUGUGCUACACAAGAUGGCGGCAUGUGUGGCGGCGACACCGUGCUUCUGUGUUGUGUCCUACUGUUGUGCUUGUACAUAUUGCCCCCUAGUGUCCAGACUAGGACGCUACAACAAGAUCAGCAAAAGGUACCUCUCUCAGUACCUCUGACAGGUGUAAUAUCUAUACUGCAUAUAAUAUUUUACAAAAACUGUGCUAGUGUUAGCUAUUGAUAAAGUAUGCCCAACAAUACAUAUAGCAAUGUUAGCCAGCUAGUGUCAGCUAGUUAUAAAGUAGGCUAAUUUGUUCAUAAUACUAACAGUCAUGAAGGACACACACACAAUAUCAUAUCAACAUAAU